CUCGGCAAUUGCGCAGUGUGGACAAGAACGAUCGAGUGCCACGCGCGGACUCUUUGGGGGAGGAAGACGAACGCGAGCGAGGUGAGGUUCUGGAGCCGAUUGCCAAUUGCGCUGGUUCCGUUCGGAUUUCGGUUGGAGCAAAAAGUGAAAGCCCGAGCGGACGGUUGAAUCGAGGUCGCUCGCUCGUUCGCUCGCGCAUCCGUCGUUCAUUGGGGUGCGUCUCGAGAGUCGAUUUCUUUGCCGAGGCGGGGCGACUCCGGGCCGGGCGUCCUAGUUGUUGCUUGGGUUUGGGCGCAAUCCGACAGAGAUCUUGGGCGUAGAUUCUGAUAGCCCGAGGGAGGAGGAAAGAAGAAAGAGGAAGGAAGGAGGGAAGAUUUGACGGGAGUUUGUGGAAGGAUGGGGGACUACGGUGGAGCCUGGAGAGGAGCAGACACGAGGCGUGUGCCCUCGCCGGCUGCGAAGCGCACCCGUCGGGACUAUGGUGAUUACGUUGCGUCUUGAACGUUGAGGGGCCCGUCGUGAGCCGGGAGUUUGGGGAUCGUACCGGUAAAUGUGCGUUUGGAGGUCCGGACUGCCUGGAGGAGUCGUCACAUUUCUUCCAACAUCGGUUUUGUUACCCCGACGGUGACUGUAUCGCUGUUUAGAAGCGCCUGUUCCACCUGGGAUUCUCCGGAUCUGCUGAAAAUCUUGGUCAUGAAUGUAGAUGAUGUACCUCCUGCGCGAGGAGCCUAUGGGUCUGCAAGAGGUGGUGCUGGAGUCGUUCCAGCAGUUGGACAUGACGUCGGUGGGUAUACCCCCAGAGGCGAGCGAUACGAUGAUGGUCGAGGCGCUCCGCGCGGCGGGUGGCGCGAGCCCGACGCUCUCGGAGGAACUACAGAUCUUAUGGGAUAUGGAGGAGGUGCAAUUGGUAAUGAUCUAGCUAUUACAGGUGGUCCAGGAAUGGGAUUGAGUGGUGUUCCUGGUGCUGGUUCUUUACAAAAUUUGGGUUUAGGCGGUCUCGGAGAAGAUCCUGCUCUUCUGGGUCCUGGAGGGCGUAUGGUUGGAAUAGAUGUAGGAUUGGGGGGGAGGCAAGGUAAUCUUGGUCUGAAUGGAGUAACCCAAGAACCCGAGGUUCUUCACGGGGGCCUCGAUAUGCUACCCCCUGAUGCAUCUUCAACCCUCUUCGUCGACGGUCUACCUCUCGACUGCUCAAGACGAGAAGCAGCACACAUAUUCCGUCCCUUCAUCGGUUUUAAGGAAGUUAGGUUGGUACACAAAGACGCGAAGAGAGUCGUCCUUUGCUUUGUGGAGUUUGCCGAUGCGCGAUGUGCAGCAACUGCGCUAGAAGCUUUGCAAGGGUACAAGUUUGACGAGACAGAUCCCGAUUCGUACGCCCUUCGCCUUUCGUUCGCUCGCCAUCCUGGGCCCCGAGGACCUCCUCCCCGAGAUGAGGCUUAUCGCGGUGGGGGUGGACGUGGAACUCGGGACAGUUAUGACGCUGGUGAUCGUCGUCGGGGUGCUCGUCGAUAAGGUGUUACGUCAAGUUUCUCGAGCCCUCUCAAAAUUUCGUCAAGAUCACAGACGGGCAGGAACAUCGUGCGCAAGUAAUUUUUUUACGUGGACCAUUCUGCAGCAGCUCUCGUCGGUGUGAAUCGAUACGAUGAUCAAUACGAUGCGAUUGCGCUUACGGGUGUGUCAGCCUGUUCGAGCGAAUUUUAGCGCUACGUGCCACUCGCUAGUUGCGGAUGCACCUGCUGGCUGGGUUUCACUCAGAGCUCGAGUAAGUGUACGCACAGCUUAGUGUUGCGGGGUUCACGAGGAUCCCUUCCUGGUUCAGUAUUAGUACGAGACCCUCAUCUGAUCUGUAGCGUCUCUAGUGUCUUCUCGGGAGCCCUCUCGGUUCAGCGCUGUUCAUUUCAAGUAUUUCUGUGCUACGUUCAAGAAUCGAGAUAUAGGGAUUGUUUAGAUAGGCGAAGAUUGGGACUUAUUUGUGCCUAAAGCCUUGUCAGCAUUAGAGAAAACCUUGUGAAUCAGUGUAAGAAACUUACGAAGCUGUGCGUUUCCUCCCUUCAUCUGUUUAUUAUCAGGACUGUGUGGUUCUCGAUCGUCAUGCUUCAGGGUCAUAGUGGAAUUAACCUUCAGAGGAAUGUAGUGUGGUGAAAGGGUACUUUCACUGCGAAGCAAUUUAAUCCUUUCAAGCUUUGCCAACCACCCUUGUCAUAGAGAUACCUUUGUCCGGAGUCGUUAACAAGAUAGCCUUUUCUCAAAAGAGGAAAGAGCGGUCGAGAUAUGUUGGUUCGUGCUGUACUUCCUCUAAUGCCAUGUGCUUUUCGUGUUUGAAGGAAGGUCCUUCUCAUAUCCAGACUGCCGCUAGCCUUCACGAUUUUGUCGCACCUGCCUGGUUGUCAUGAUGGCCUCACCGAUUGGGGUGGUGGUAGUUAAUUUCUAUCUCGUUUCCUUUUCCACGAAGUGAAGGCUCUUUUAGCAGGGAACACCAUGCAUCAUUCCCUAUAUCUUACUUGGAUAUCUUACGAUGAGAUCUUUACUUCCCAACCCACUUUUAUAGCCAAGGGGCCUGAUAUGGAACACUGAGCUGUUCCGUGUGCUCAGUUGAUUGGUAGAGCCGAGUGCAGAGUCAAAGAAAAGAAAUGUCACGAAGAACAAGUGGACAAAUCUUGAUAUGGCCCCUUGACGACAGUUACUUGAAGGGCAGUCAGACGCUAGUUGCUGAUCUCUGCUUUCCAUUCCUGAGGCCUCCCUCCCUUUUCCCAACCCCAGAGUUGAAGGAGUUCGGAAUUUCAAGUUGAAGUCAGUUGACUUCACGUGUGUGCUGUGAGCACCUAGUGCCUUGGAAUUUCCUUUUCGAUAUUUUGUCGUGAAACCCGAAUUCCUGCGGAGGCUUUGCUCUCGUGUUUUUCCUUGGUUCAGUGUAGGGGAAUGGAUUAGAGUUCUCAAGUGGAUGCAGUAUUGCAUCAUGAUCCAUCUCCGAACCAGGUGUCCACGCAUGUUCCUAGCCUGGAAACAUAUGCUGGACUGUGCUUCUUUAGCGGCAAACCGAACCCUAGUGAGGUGAGCAUACCUGGACUGCCCAGACUCGGAUGUGUUUUCUGUCGGCAAGCAGUGAGGGUUGCUAUCUUUGUGUCAGGCUUGUCUGCCUUUUUCUUUAUUUAGUCUAUCAGUCUUAUCGACAGCAUCCUCAUCACUGGGAGUGACUUUCAGUGUGUCAGGAGUGAGAUGUCUUUUAGCAGAUUACAGUUUGUGCUUGUUCCACUGCGACGAGUUCUCACCCUCGAUCUGUUGAUUUCUCGUCGACUCCGGUUGUUUGGGUUCGGAACACUUUCGAGCUGUGAGUGUACGUGUGUCUCACAUCAGCUUGCCGUAUGAAGUGUUGGCACGCGAAAGACAUAUCCACCGUCCCACGUGAUGAUGUGAGGUUUUACACAGUUUAUUUCUUCUUUCACCAUCGAACAGUAGCUUGGUCUUUGUUGCAAAAUCUUGGCCGCUUGUGACAUUCGUAGUCUGCGCAUGGCACGUGAAUUUUGUUGAAGGGUCCAGCGAAUUAGCUCGUUGAGAAAAGCUUUGAUGUCUUGGGUUUCAAUACUCGACGUUGAAAGGAAGUCACUGCGUUCUGUUACGGUAUCACUCUCUUAAGUAUCAAUUAUCCUAGACACUGCGAAAAGUACAGGGUCAUUGAUUGGGCUGUGACUGCAUACAGAUGACUCUUGGCGAAGUGUUGCGUAGGCACCAGCACGCCCUAGUUCACACUGAUCGUUUCUAACUUCAAAGCUCUUAGUUUUCGGUUAUUGCUAUAUGAUUGGAGAUUCGAAACUGGUACUGUAGUGAACACGUGGCUAAUGUAAUCGAUGAUGUAAAGAAGCACACGACGUUGCAGGGCCCAACACACCCGCCUCUCGAGUGGAGGGUGUGUUGUGUGGUCAGGUAAGUUCUUGAUGAGACUCCUUACCUUGAUGGGAGGAUUAGCGAUAUCCCUUGUCCAGGCUUUUUUAAUUGCAAAUACGCCAUGAAAUUGACCCGGAUGAAAGAGCUUAUAUGACCAUGUGGAUCACUUUUGGAAUUGUACACCAAUCGAGCGGCCUCAGCAGUUUUACAGAGGAUAUCUCUGGGUGAAAUCCAAUUUGGGGUCCAUGGCCAGUUGACAAGGCUCUUAACGUAGAGGUGAAUUUCAAGACGUCAAAGAAAUGAUGCAAUGCGAAUGCCAGAUUUUAGGAAAACUGGAAUCUAAUCGGAGUAAGAACUGAGAAAAUCCCAAGACGGAAUACCUGGAGGCAUGGAAAAGGUGGGAAGAUCCGCCUCCCAGUCUUCCAGAUCAUAUCCAAGGAAAAUAGUUGAGAUAAUAGAAGAUAAUUUGGCACGUAGCAUGUGCACAAAAUUUGAGAAAAGAUGAUUAUCGCGUCGACCAAAGAGAAGUUUAGUGUAUUUAUCUUUGUGCUCAUGGAGACGAGAAAAAGAAGGGGAUAUAAGGUAGGUAGUAAGAAAAGGGUAAUAUGUUCUUUUUACAUCUGUGUAAUGCAAUGAUCGAUUCUACUUCCUCAACUUUUUAUACAUCUUUUAAUCCACACUACACGCACACAUACAGCUUGAAGUCCAAGAACUGAAUACAGUCUGAACAUGGUGGUCUUUAAAAAGCAUGGUGGCCAUUCCCGCAAUCGUGUCUUGACGUCUUGAAGAAAGAUUGCUGGAUUUCUAAGCUUUGAAAGAUAUAUAUACAUACAUAUUUACACAUUAUAUGUCACCAUAAACAAAACCCUGGAACAUUUGUAUAACCGAGGAAAAUACUUAGGUUUCCUCGCAAACACAUCAACAAAAUACAUACCCAUGACGUAUCAAAGGUACUGUGUCACGAUAUUCUAAACCAUGUGCUUGCUUUGCGUCACGAUGUUCUAAAACAAGUUCUUGGUUCACAUACUGCUUACUAUAGUGUGGGAAAAUGAUUUCCCUAUCGGCCUACAGGGGAGAUUUCUUGGAACUUUCAACUUGGUUACAAGUUUUGCCAGAACCUACUUGCAUCCCCAUAGUGGUGUUUCAGAGCUUUCUAUUGGACGUUUCAAACUGUAAAGUUAAUUUGACAC